AUGCCAAAUCUGCAUGCACUUGUGGGGUUCCUAUCUCCGCUGGAAAUUUCUGCACAAGAAGACGACAUGUUAGUCAAUCUCACCGAAGCACUUACGCAACACAACCUUGCUCAAUGUAGCACAGUGCUAGUUACGAAGGACGGUCAUGCUGACUCAAGAGCCUGGAAGGAACUCAGACACAAAAAUAACAUUCGAGUAUACAAGGAACGCCCGCGAUCUAAAUCAAUGCCUUCCACACCAUCCCUCCUACUCCUUGGAAAGAUGCAAGGCAAACUCGACGACGUCAUGUACGCCAUCGUGACCCCCACUGAAGAGUCGAUGAAAAUAAAGUCAAGCUGCACGCACGACGGCGUGAUCGACCGCAAGGUGUUACGUGAAAUUGUGCGGCCGAGCAUCGAUAAUCCGUUCCGUCACGUUAGUAUCAACUGGUCGCUCUACGCCGACGCCGAUCCGCAUGACUACGUCUGCGUUGAUGCUACAGGCAUCACCCACAGUUUGCGCGGUGAGCGCGUAGGCUUCCACCUCUCGCACUCGGUGGCGUUCUCGUCACUGCAGAACUUCUCAAAGUCGCACGGUGUCGAGCGCGGCAACAGGUCCAUCUGCUCACUGUACAGAGAGACAGCGAAAGGCGAGGUGGAGUGCUACGUACGCGGGUUCUUCGACUUCAGCAAUGGUAACAACGAGUUGAUGAUGAACAUCUCUUUACACGCUAUUGCAAACCAGUGGUUGUCCUUUUCUCGCCAGGUCGAGUUUGCGCACAUGAAGAAACUAGUGUGGCGCUUGCGUCGCAACAGCAAAGACUACGACAACCUUAUCAUUGCUGCUGCAAUGGAAGAGCAUGAAAGAAAAACAUCAGAGGUGACUUUGAAUCGACGAGACACUUGUCGUGUGUGUCUCAAGACAUUCGGUCUGCUUGAUCGAAAAACUACCUGUAAGAACUGUGAACAGGUAGUGUGUUCUCGGUGUCGUGUUAAAAAGCGCGUUUGUAUUCUCGCCCCAAACCAACGCACAGUUUUGGAGAAGAAGCGAAGUUUCUGUGCCCCAUGUAUCGAACAGGUUGCAACGACCAACGCGCGUGCAAUUGCUCAAGAGGAACUUCAGCUUUAUAAGAAAGACCAUGAUCGAGGAGGUACAAAUCUUUGCCCUCUUCCGACAGCGUAUAACGUCAAAUGA